GCGGACCCGCGGAAGUACCGGCGCGGACGCCCCUCGCGGGAGCCCGGCGGGUCACGGAGUCGCCGAGCCGAGCUGGGCGGGGAGGAAAUGCGCUCGGCAACUCGGCACGCCCGCGCGGAGGCGCCCUGCUGCCGACGGCAGGCUGUCUGCCACCACCCGGAGGACGCCGAGCACCCAAACAGGAACUUUAAAGGGAUGGAAAUCUGUUGCCUGUUCCGCUAGGAAUAUUGUUCGCCAGGCACAAGGUGUCUUCUGGCAGCGAGCGCCGUCCGCGCAUGCGCAGGGCCACCGGGAACCACUGCCCAGCCGCCGACUAAGUUGCAUUCCUUGAAUCUUCGCAGAAAAGCCCGUUGUUGGGUCGGAGUUAGUGAUGUGGACAGUACAGACCCGGGAGAGUCUGGGGCUCCUGUCUCUCCCCGUGAUGAUCGCCGUGGCCUGCUGCGCGCACAGCGCCAACGAGCCCAGCAACAUGUCCUACGUGAAAGAGACGGUGGACAGGCUGCUCAAGGGAUACGACAUCCGCUUGCGGCCGGACUUUGGAGGGCCCCCCGUGGACGUUGGGAUGCGGAUCGAUGUCGCCAGCAUAGACAUGGUCUCGGAAGUGAACAUGGUGAGUGGCCUCCCCGCGGCCCGGCGGUCGGCUUACGCAGAUGCCAAAUGGACCGGUCCCCGUGUCCUCUGCGCUUCACUGGCGGCCACCUCGUCCCUGGUCCCGGGGGUCCCAGUGCGCGCUGUCUCCCUACAACGGCACCCACACCCCGUCGCCCCCUGGUCUGUGUUUUCGACACACACGGGCGACUGCGGCGUUCGGGGGGAAACGACAAGUGUCCACGCCAGCUUCCGCGAGCUGAGCUGGCCCCCGUGCAGGUUCAUGGACUUGUCGGGCUGCACCUUGCUCUUUUACGUUGAAAUAAAAUGGAUCGAGUUUCAUUGCAUCGCUUUGCUCUGGAAACCUGUGGAGACCGGGCGGGGGUAG